GUGUGACUGCAACAGCAACAGUAGAUCGAGAUCGGCUGAAAACAGCGUUGAUAAUGUCAACAUUUGACUGAAUUUCGUUUUCAAUACGAAUUAAAUCGAGAAAAUGUCGUACAAUCCGCCGACCAAGCCUCCGCGGGGAGUGAAACAGCCGCGGGAAUCGAGCGGGUUGUUGAUGUCGGUCAUCAGGACUCUAUCUGCGAGCGAGUCGAAUGAGCAGCGAGACCGGGAAAAGGCCAAGCUUGAGAAGGAGUACAAGAAAAGUGACAAAAGAUUGGACGAGCUGGUUUCGUUAAAUGAUGAAGAUCUUAAUCAAGUUAUGCAAUCAUUUGAUAAAAUUUCGAGCAACGUCCUGGCUUCUCGAGACAAAAUCAGAUCUGUGAAGGAAAACCUGAUUGCGUGCAAAAUGCUGCUGAGGUGCAAGAGGGAGGAGCUGAAGAAACUGUGGCUUGAGGGAGUUGAGCAGAAAUACACCCUUUAUUUAUUAGAGGAAAUAGACAAAAUCCGAGACGUGCCUUCAAAAAUCACGGGUCACAUUUCCAAGAAGCACUACCUACAUGCCACGCAGCUGCUGGCCAAGUCUUUGGCCAUGUCCUGUAACUCCUUGAAAGACGUUGGAGCGCUGACUGACGUAUUUGCGGAGCUUAGAAACAAGUCGAAGCAACUGAACUCGGUUUUAAUGAAUGAGCUGAGUCAGCAGCUCUACCGGAACCCCAGCCAGCAGGCCGAGACCUUCAGACGCCAGGGUUCAGGUGUCCGAGGUUCAGGAAGGGCGAAGGCCCCUCUUCCUUUAAAGAAGGGCGUUGAUAUCGGGCCCCAGCCAACUAUAUCUCCUAGCACUCACCCUGAUGAAGCCUACUCCAGCCUUUCAGAGGAUUUGAACAACGACAACCCUGAGCAAGAGCCGGAACGGUUUGUCUCGAUUUUGGCAGAGUGCCUUGCUCUCAUGGGAAAGCUGCCUGAAGCUGUUGAGACCAUCAAAGUGUCGAUGCAAAUCGAGUUGGCUGGCGUUGUGAAUCAAACAUCCGCCCAACUCUGCGCUUCGGGCAUGUUUCAACAGGGAAGCGCCAUGCUUCUUGAGUUGCUGUCAACCCUCUUUGACCAGUUCCGCGCGAUCGCCGCCGCACAUUCCUUCGCAAUUCAGAGCCUGAGACGGGCCGCUGAGAAAUAUAAGAUUGAUAACCGCCUUUACGAGGUCACAGAAGUCUGGUCUAACAUCCAAGUUGUCUUGGAACAGUUGUUGGAAAAUUACCUCGACAUGCAGAACAACAGCGACAAAGAAAUGCAACAGACUGAACAGUUCAGUGAAGGCGCCUGCAAUGACCUGUCAGCCUUCUUUGCCAGACGGAAACAACAGAAACAAUUUGAUUGCAGGCCAAAGAGUGUUCCGUUGUUUAAAUUCGACUCUUCGGCACACGCCAAAAGUUUCAACAGUCCUCAUCGAGAAUCGGCACCAAACUCGCUGUGCAGCAACACCAAAAACAUGGUCUGCGCUCCAGAUGCGAACAACAUCAUUGUCAUUUUCAUUCCUCUGAUGAAAUUCGUGGAAGAGAUCGAACAAGCCACUGGCAUGCAUCCAGUUCGCAAUCCGUGCCACCUUCGGGGCUUCCUGAAAAACUUCGUGGACGCAUACUUCAUCCCGCAACAACAGAUGGACGUGGCCACCAAAAUCGACCAGGUAACCCGCGCGUCGGACGCGUGGAAGGCCGUGACGAGCGCCGAGCAAACUGCCGAGAUGAACCUGACGCGGCCCCUUCUCCUCAGCUGCGUCAACGUGGAGAAAUACGCCGAGGGGCUGCACAGGGUGAUGGGCGCCCUGCCUACCUACGCCGAGCUCUUCCUGGCCGUCAUGUGCGGCAGGCUGGCCAUCUACCGCGAGACCUGCCAGGCGGCCUACCGCGGAAUCGUGCAGCCCGACGCCGAGGACCGCAAGUUCGUCAGCGUCGACUGGCUCAACGACGACGACAUCAGUCGCUGCCUCAAGUUCCUGCCCAACUGGGUCGACCUGCAGAAGCAGCGCAAGGGCAACAAGGCCGCCAGUGUCGAGGAGGAGCACCCUGAGGACAUUAAGGAUAAGAAUCUGCAGGAGGCCGAGAUCUUGGUCAGGAAUUUCGGCGGCAGAGCCAUUCACGGUCACGAGAUUUUGUGUGAUAUGGCUCAGCUCAAACGGCUGGCGCAGCUCCAGGAGAGCAUGGAGUGGUUCGCCUUCAAACUGUCAGAAAUAGCCGCCGGUUUACCAAAGAUGAAGGUUGGAGCACCGCCCGUGGCUGUUGCUGUCGGGGAAAUUCCGCCAAUGCAGUCCAAGAACGUGGAAGACCUUGAAAAACUGGCUCAUGAGUUCGAGGAACUGUCAAACACCUGUCUGUUGAUCCUGCAUCUAGAGAUCAGGGUGCAGUGCUUCCACUACCUGCUGCCCGGCGGCUACUCUGUCAAGACUGUGAACGGACUCACCAGCUGCGAAGACCUCGAGCCCAGAGUCCUCCAACUCAGCAGGGCUGUUAAUAUUUUCGACGAGGCGCUCAGCUCCACGGUUCAGCCAAACAAGGCCAAAUACGUUUUCGACGGACUGGGCCAUCUAAUAUCCAAAAUACUCAUCACAUCGGUGCAGUACACGAGCCAGUUGGACGAGUCAGGCGUGAAGAAAAUCUGCAGGAACAUCCUUUCCCUGCAGCAGACCCUGGCGUCCGUGACCAUGAGCCGGGAGGUGGGGCUAGACCAUGCUCGCCACUUCUUCGAACUCUUCUACAUGACCCCUGAGGAGGUUCUGGUCACUGUGAUGGAAAAGGGGCCGCAGUUCCUGGAGUUGGAGUACAUGAACGCCCUGCAGUUGCUGCACCGAAACCGAGGCGACUCGCCAACCACAAUCAAUGAACACUUGAAGCGACUCUCGGACAUCAUGCGCAAGGCGAAUAACGUCGGCAUUACUGUCUAGUUUAUGUUGAUAAACUUCCAAACCAAGUGAUAAUGAAUUAAUGGAUUAAAAUAAAAUAUUUAAUUGUUCGGAGAAAAUUAAUAAAAUCCAUAAAAUCGUUAUUAAAACUAAAA